AUGGACCCGAACCACCCCUUCAUCGCCUCCUGGACCGCCACGCCCAUCCCCAACCUCUCCCUCUCAGCAGGCGGCCUGCUCGCCCUCGCGGACCUCAACACCAUCGCCCAGCGCACCGCCAUUGCCGGCGGCUCUUCAUGGCUCGACGCAUUUGUCCUCGCGCCGGGUCUGCACUACCAACAGGCGGCGGACCUCCUAACGCCCGAAUAUGGCGCCGGCAGGCCGGUGCUGUCGAUGGCGCUGGAUGGCGGGAAACGCUAUAUUGUCAACAACGUGGCCAUGGUCAAGUACCUGCGGAGGCUGUGGGAGCGGCAGGGCAAGUAUGGCGUCGUGACGCUGUAUGUGGAAAUGGAGCCGAAUGAAGGGUUUGGCGGGAGCGUGUUGACGUUUGCGUCGUCGCUGUCGUUGUUGUUGGGGCAUGAGGGUGCUGGGAAGAAGGAUAAUACGAGGAGGAGGUGGCAGAGGAGGCAGCAACGGGGGCUGAAGAAGCUGCGGGAGAUUGAUCAUGACAGCCAUGUGAGGGAGGUGCUGGAGAUGGACUGGGUGAGCCAUGUGCUGUAUCUGCUGAGCCCGCUGCUGACGGUGUCGGCGAUUGUGUUUAUGGUGUUGCUGCAGGACUGGUGGGGGUUGGGCUUCAUUAUUGCGCUCAUGGUCUCGCGGCUGGCGAAUAUCUGGGCCAUCAAGGAGCGUGCGCGACCUGAUGCUACGCCGCCGGCGCCUCUUACGCCCGUGCCUUCUCCUGCAAAGGACGUGCCUGUCGUGACAUCGCCUGAACCGACUGCGGUGGCGGGCUCAAAGAACUCCCUGCCGCUGCCUUUUGCGCUCAAGAGGGAAGACACGGGCAUGACGGAGUACACCAUCGACUGGGGCCAGAACCGACGCGUCGUGCUCAAGGGCCUGGAUGCGGAUUUACGCGCCGUGACGACAGAGACGUGGCUGCGAGCCAAGACGACGCUGGAGGGAUAUCUCGAGGCAAUGUCCAAGCUCAUUGUGUACAUGGUUGCUUCGCUGAGCGGUAAUCUCUCGGAGGCGGGCGCCAUUGUGCUCAUGGCGCUGCUGCUCGUGAGUGCGGGUCUUCUGGGCUUGAGCAAUGCUCACUCGACGAGUUUGCAGAUGCAUGGAAGGCGGGUGGGCAGGUUGAAGGUGGAAAAAGUGCAGAUUGCGCCGCUGGAUCCGAGGUUGGCGGUGGAUGGGCAGAUAGAUGCGGCGCCGGAUGGGAUCCCCGUUCACAUUGUACCAGUACCUAGUCAGUGA